UCCCCCCUCCCCCCCAGCUCGCGAUAAGAAGAGCCGGCGGCAGGAGAGGGGAUGAAGAUGGCGGACGCGAAGCAGAAGCGGAACGAGCAGCUGAAGCGCUGGAUCGGCUCGGAGACGGACCUCGAGCCUCCCGUGGUGAAGCGCCAGAAGACCAAGGUGAAGUUCGACGAUGGCGCCGUCUUCCUGGCCGCCUGCUCCAGCGGCGACACGGACGAGGUGCUCAAGCUGCUGCACCGCGGCGCCGACAUCAAUUACGCCAAUGUGGACGGACUCACCGCCCUGCACCAGGCCUGCAUUGACGACAAUGUUGACAUGGUGAAGUUUCUGGUAGAGAAUGGAGCAAACAUCAACCAACCUGACAACGAGGGCUGGAUCCCACUGCAUGCCGCUGCUUCCUGCGGGUACCUCGACAUUGCAGAGUUUUUGAUUGGUCAAGGAGCACAUGUAGGAGCUGUCAACAGUGAAGGAGACACACCUUUAGAUAUUGCUGAGGAAGAGGCAAUGGAAGAGCUACUUCAGAACGAGGUCAAUCGGCAAGGUGUUGAUAUAGAAGCAGCUCGAAAAGAGGAAGAACGGAUAAUGCUUAGAGAUGCCCGGCAGUGGUUAAAUAGUGGUCACAUUAGUGACGUCCGGCACGCAAAAUCUGGAGGGACAGCGCUCCACGUGGCAGCUGCCAAAGGUUAUACAGAAGUUUUAAAACUUCUAAUACAGGCAGGCUAUGAUGUUAACAUUAAAGAUUACGAUGGCUGGACACCUCUGCACGCGGCAGCUCACUGGGGUAAAGAAGAAGCAUGUCGAAUCUUAGUGGACAAUCUGUGUGACAUGGAGAUGGUCAACAAAGUGGGCCAAACAGCCUUUGAUGUAGCAGAUGAAGACAUUUUAGGAUAUCUAGAAGAACUGCAAAAAAAACAAAAUCUGCUGCAUAGUGAAAAACGCGAUAAGAAAUCUCCACUAAUUGAGUCAACAGCAAAUAUGGAAAAUAAUCAACCUCAGAAGACUUUCAAAAACAAAGAAACAUUGAUUAUUGAACCAGAAAAAAAUGCAUCUCGCAUCGAGUCUCUGGAACAAGAAAAGGCUGAUGAGGAAGAGGAAGGGAAGAAGGAUGAGUCAAGCUGCUCCAGCGAGGAAGAGGAGGAGGACGACUCGGAGUCAGAAGCGGAGACUGAUAAGACAAAGCCCAUAGCUUCAGUAACUAAUGCUCACACUUCCAGCACUCAGGCAGCUCCUGCAGCCGUUACAACACCUACCCUGUCUUCUAGUCAGGGGACCCCUACAUCACCUAUUAAAAAGUUUGAUUUCCUUGCUUCUCUCAUGCCUGUGGAGUCAGUAGACCCUGCAUCAUGGAGGCAGGGCUUGCGCAAAACUGGCAUUGUGCUGGUGCCCAGUCAGGGCGAAAAAUCCAUGUUCCCAACUUCAACUACAAAAAUUUCUCCCAAAGAAGAAGAAAGAAAAGAUGAGUCUCCUGCAUCCUGGAGGUUAGGACUUAGAAAGACUGGCAGUUAUGGUGCGCUGGCUGAAAUCACCGCAUCUAAAGAGGCCCAGAAGGAGAAAGACACUGCAGGUGUGAUACGUUCAGCGUCAAGUCCGAGACUGUCAUCCUCUUUGGAUAAUAAAGAAAAGGAGAAAGAUAGCAAAGGAACAAGACUUGCAUAUGUUGCACCUACAAUCCCGAGGCGCCUGGCCAGUACAUCUGACAUUGAAGAGAAGGAGAACAGAGACUCUUCAAGUUUGCGAACAAGUAGUUCUUACACAAGAAGAAAAUGGGAAGAUGAUCUUAAAAAAAAUAGUUCAAUCAAUGAAGGAUCCACUUACCAUAGAAGUUACUCCUUUGGUAGAAGACAAGAUGAUUUGAUUAGUUCUAGUGUUCCAAGCACCACAUCAACACCAACAGUUACCUCUGCAGCUGAGCUUCAGAAGAGCCUCCUCUGCAGCACAAGCUCGACUGCAAAGACUCCCGUGGCCUCUCCCUCCACAGGCACACAGAGCAGUACCUCAAAUCGUUUGUGGGCUGAGGAUAGUACUGAGAAAGAAAAGGACAGUGCUCCUACCACAGUCACCAUUCCUGUUGCUCCAACUGUUGUAAAUGCUGCAGCUUCUACCACAACCCUGACUACAACUACUGCUGGCACUGUUUCCUCCACAUCAGAGGUCAGGGAGAGACGCAGGUCAUACCUCACUCCUGUUAGGGACGAAGAGUCUGAAUCCCAAAGAAAAGCAAGAUCUAGACAAGCAAGACAGUCUAGACGGUCAACACAGGGGGUAACGCUGACUGAACUUCAAGAGGCUGAAAAAACAAUAGGAAGAAGUCGUUCUACAAGAACCAGAGAACAAGAAAAUGAAGAGAAAGAAAAAGAGGAAAAAGAAAAACAGGAUAAAGAGAAACAAGAAGAAAAGAAGGAAUCAGAAACAUGUAGAGAAGAUGAAUAUAAACAAAAGUAUUCCAGAACAUACGAUGAGACUUAUGCACGUUACAGACCAGUGUCAACAUCAAGUUCAACCACUCCAUCCUCCUCUUCACUUUCUACCAUAGGCAGUUCGCUCUAUGCUUCGAGUCAGCUAAACAGGCCAAAUAGUCUUGUAGGUAUAACGUCUGCCUACUCCCGGGGAUUAACAAAGGAAAAUGAAAGAGAGGGAGAGAAAAAAGAAGAGGAGAAAGAAGGUGAAGAUAAGUCACAACCUAAAUCAAUCAGAGAGCGGCGGCGACCUAGAGAAAAAAGGCGGUCUACUGGAGUUUCACAUUGGACACAAGAUAGUGAUGAAAAUGAGCAAGAGGAUACAGAGGAUGGCUCCAACAAGAAGGAGACUCAGACGGAUUCUGUUUCCAGGUAUGACAGCAGUUCCACAUCAUCAAGUGAUCGGUAUGACUCCCUGCUGGGUCGCUCUAGUUCUUACAGCUACUUAGAAGAAAGAAAACCUUAUAGUAGCAGGCUAGAAAAGGAUGACUCAACUGACUUCAAAAAGCUUUAUGAACAAAUUUUAGCUGAAAAUGAAAAGCUAAAGGCACAGCUACAUGAUACAAAUAUGGAGCUCACGGAUCUGAAGCUGCAGUUGGAAAAGGCUACCCAGAGACAAGAAAGAUUUGCUGAUAGGUCUCUAUUGGAGAUGGAAAAAAGGGAACGAAGAGCUCUAGAAAGAAGAAUAUCUGAGAUGGAAGAAGAGCUUAAAAACCUGCACCAAAUAAACCAAAUUGAAGCUCUGAGGGAGCUAAAUGAGAGGCUGCUGGCUGAGAAUAGGGCCUUGACAAGAGCGGCAGCCAAGCGCUCAGGGUUCUGUAGGCAGCUGCAGUCUGUGAGCCUGUAAUUUAUAGUUUCAUCAUUUCUUCUUGGUAGAGCCAGAUGUUACCAGACUUAAAAGCAGACAACCAGAGGCUAAAGGAUGAAAAUGGGGCCUUAAUCAGAGUUAUAAGCAAACUUUCCAAGUAGGAUGGAAAACAGAAACGGGCAAAGCAGCAGGGCUUGCACACGCUCCCCAGUGGACCACAUUGGCAGUCACUGGAUGCCCAAAAGAACCCUUGGAGACUGUCUCUUUCCCAGGCCCUGCCAAGUGCCCUCUUAUCUAGGAGUUUUGUUCUGUUUAACUUUUGGCCCCGCCCCCUUGGUUAUCAAGACCAUUGUUUCAUGUUAAAGCAGCUGCUGAGAGGAUCUUUUUCCAAUGACUGAGAAAACUUGUUUACAGCUCCAGCAAAUAAAGAAAGUGUUCAAGGCCAGAUAUGCCUCAGCUAUCUAACCAGUAAGCCUUAGUUGUACAGACAUCCCUUUGUGUCAACAAAACUUCCAGCUCUCACAGAAGACAGUUAUUCAACUUUUUUUUUUUUUUUU